AUGGUCAUGCCUCCAACUGCGGCGACAACGAACCCCGAGACGAUCGCACGUGAUUCAGUCGACCCAGUGGGUGCCAUCAACCGAGCGAUUGAGGCUCUGGACUGGGAUGCCGCGCAGGCCACCCUCGACGUCAUCGACAACGACGGCUUCCGAGUUUGCUCUGCGACCGAGGCCGACUGGGAUCGCUACGUCGAGUCGGAAGAGGAAGAGAUGAAAUCGCGCCACUUUGAGUUUCGAGACAACUCGAUAUUCCUCAUCGAGAUGAGCGGUGGACUUCACGGCAGCAUUGCGGAUGGCAUCGACGACGCGAUCAAGGAGGCCACGAGGCCGGAGGUCACGGGGACGGAGCAUCGAGUUCUCGAAUCGCACCGCGACGUGUACGUCGACACGACCAACGAGCCAGCGGCAAGGAAGCUACCGAAGCUCGUGCCUGACCUCAGCUACGGUCCCGCGAUGGAGACCGACGCCAUCUUUCCCGACUGGCCCCUCGACCUCCACUGGCCCGAGUUCCAUACGCUCAAGGUCGAGGUCGGCAUCAAUCAAGGCUGGCGAAGUAUGAACGCUAAGAUGCUGCGAUACUGCGCCUUUCCGGGCAUUCGCUAUGUCCUCUGCGUCUUCGUCCCGCCCGACAUGAGCGUACGCCAGUACAAGCUUUUCUCGAUCACCAACAACCAGCUUGAAGGGCCAGCCCCUGACCUCGUCAACCCGAUUCCGAUCACAGCCGCUACGCGCGUGCGAAUGGAUAGUCGACGGCUCUUGGCGCUGCCAGACGACACGGCCCUUCCCGGGCGCUUUCCCGCCGAGUUGGUCCUUGAUUUGAACCCGAUCCUACGACGCGCGUGGGUCGAGCUUCGGGGCCGUCACGACCGCAACCCGCCUCCGUUCUAG